UGUCUCUCUCCCGCGCCGCUCGUCACAUUUGUCGUCCGAAUCACUCUUUGCAAGUUGGCUCACGAACACGCCUCGUACUAUGCCAAAAUACUGACUCAACCGAUAUUCUGACUCAUUAUCAACAUGCACCCUUUACGCCGGAACCGGAGGCCCGUGGAAGAUGACCGUUCCUAACGACUGUGCCUCGGACCACAAAGUACUGUGCAAUGGAUGUACUCUAAAGCACACGCAUUUGAUACAACCAACAGGAGUCCCGUGGGAUGCUUGGCACGACGCCCCUAUUCUGUUGUAUUACCUCAACGAAACACCCCCUUCGCAUCACUCACCCCGCCAUGAUGGCUACGAAAUCCGAAGUCAUCGAUGAUAGCAAGUCCAUUGCUAGCUCACCUCCCCCUCAGGCAGAGACGUGCCACCGUUCUAUCUCGCAUUCGUGAUCUUGUCUCCGCCACAGAUGUCACCCCUUCCUCCAUUGAAUCGAUUAUCAAUGCAUGUGUUCAUGAUCUCACAGUUGCAGAGCUCUCCGACCUUCUGCAAACACCCAAUAUCGAGGGUCACACGGCGCUAUAUUGGGCAAUUGUGAAUCGCCGACGAGAAGUAUCCUCGGCGUUUAUUGGAUUCAUUUCUAAUUUUUCAUCCAAAUGCUCUUCAGACCUACGUCUUGCGUGCAUGCAAACUAGCGACCAAGCAUCAUUCUCGCAGCUGAAUUUCCAAAAUACUAAUACCAAGGACGAGUCUUUAAGACGAUUUCUGGGUUGUCCACCAGAUGAGAUUCAAGUACAUCAUGGUGGAGAACCGGACGACCACCAGUUCGUUGCUUCCUUCCGUAUCAGGAUGUUCCAGAAACGUCUACGCGCUACACAAGAAUUAAAUUAUGAUUUUGUUGCACGAGGACGUAUAUGGUGGUUCCGCUUUUUUGUGGGGAAAAAGGGGAGAUGGGCCGCUGGCCUUGGUCUCUCUUCCCCUAGUCUUCCAGCUUCUCCACGUCCUUCACUUCUGUUAGAAACAGGAAACGGGGAACCCGGCCGUGAGACACCGACUAAAAGGGUGUUCAAGGGGGCAGGAACACAAUUCACGGAAACACAAUUCACGGAAACACUCGUGUCGAAAGAAUACAUCGGCGAUGUAGUAAACGGCAAGCCUUGUGUCAACAUAAGUUGGUGGUUGAAUGAUCAGUGGGUGACGUACGACAAUUCCACAGAUGCAGACUGCGAUAACACACUACAUGCAAAGCUGGAGAUCACACUCAAAGAGUAGCUCGUUUUAACAUUUAUAGGCUCACAAAAUGGUAGAUAAUACAUCAUUUAUGAUGCAUUUGGGACUGCAGAG